AUGCUCGGGCUGGCAUGCCCGGGCAACGGCUUGUCCCUGCGAAUGGUUGUCACGAUUGCUGGCAGCCACCACCCCGGCGCCGACAGUUGCCGGAACAGUGUUGCCCACUCCAGGUGACUCCCACGUGCAUGAUUGUCUGAUGGUGGUCUGGAAAUCUUGAUGGUAUUGUGUGUUGGUCGGAACGGUUGCUGCUAUGAUGUGGGUAGCGUGCUUCUGGCUGUUUGGGGUGCCUAGACGUACAGUACCCGAGCGAAACACGAUGUGAUCGAGUUUGUAGCAUCCGUUUCCUGUUCGUUUGGACUCGUCAUCUCCGAAAACUGAGCUUGAACGUGUCCCGCUCGUUGUUGUCGUUGAUGCUCGGGCUGGCGUGCCCGGGCAACGGCUUGUCCCUGCGAAUGAUUGUCACGAUUGAUGGCAGUCACCACCCCGGCGCCGACGGUUGCUGGAACCGUGUUGCCCACUCCAGGUGACUCCCACGUGCAUGAUUGUCUGAGGGUGGUCUGGAAUGCUUGAUGAUAUUGUGUGUUGGUCGACUCGCUUGCUGCUAUGGCGUGGGUAGCGUGUUUUGGGCUGUCCGGGGUGCCUUGACGUACAGUACCCGAGCGAAACACGAUGUGAUCGAUGUUGUAGCAUCCGUUCCCUGUUCGUUUGGUCUCGUCAUCUCCGAAAACUGAGCUUGACCGUGUCCCGCUCGUUGCUGUCGUUAAUGCUCGGGUUGGCGUACCCGGGCAACGUGUUGUCCCUGCGAAUGAUUGUCACGAUUGAUGGCAGUCACCACCC